AUGCCAUUUAACUUUUGUAAAGAUGACUCUGGCUUUGAUGUGAACACAGAUCUAGAGGCAGCCAACACUGGAGCAAGUGAAACCGUUAGGAGGAAUGCAGGAGAAAAGCGAUCAGUGCACUAUUCCAUUGCACCAACAUUUAAGAAUGAAUUCUACGAUUUUGGUCAUAUCGAAGUGGAGCGGAUAGUGAAAGCCAAUGACCGUGAAUAUAACGAAAAGUUCCAGUACGCAGAUAAUCGCAUCCACACAUCCAAGUACAACAUUCUCACCUUCUUGCCAAUUAAUUUAUUUGAACAGUUCCAACGGGUGGCAAAUGCCUAUUUCCUUUUCCUUCUGAUUUUACAGUUGAUUCCAGAAAUCUCCUCCUUGACCUGGUUUACCACCAUUGUACCUUUGGUCCUAGUGAUAACCAUGACAGCAGUCAAAGAUGCCACAGAUGACUAUUUUCGUCACAAGAGUGAUAAUCAAGUGAAUAAUCGGCAGUCUGAAGUGCUCAUUGACAGCAAGCUGAAGAGUGAAAAAUGGAUGAAUGUGAAAGUGGGAGACAUCAUUAAAUUAGAAAAUAACCAAUUUGUUGCUGCUGAUUUGCUUCUCCUAUCAAGUAGUGAGCCACAUGGCCUCUGUUACAUUGAAACUGCUGAGCUGGAUGGGGAAACAAACCUAAAAGUCCGCCACGCAUUAUCAGUUACUUCAGAACUUGGAGCAGAUAUCAGCAGGCUUGCGAAGUUUGAUGGGAUUGUUGUCUGUGAGGCACCGAACAACAAAUUAGAUAAAUUCACAGGAGUCCUCUCUUGGAAAGACAGCAAGUACUCCCUGAAAAAUGAGAAGAUAAUCCUGAGAGGCUGCGUCCUGAGAAACACCAGUUGGUGUUUUGGAAUGGUUAUUUUUGCAGGUCCGGACACUAAACUAAUGCAGAACAGUGGUAAAACUAAAUUUAAAAGGACAAGCAUUGAUAGAUUGAUGAAUACUCUAGUAUUGUGGAUUUUUGGGUUUCUGGUAUGCUUGGGAAUUAUUCUUGCAAUAGGAAAUUCAAUCUGGGAGCAACAAGUUGGGGACCAAUUCAGAACGUUCCUUUUUUGGAAUGAAGGCAAGAAGAAUGCUGUGUUCUCAGGAUUUUUAACAUUCUGGUCAUACAUUAUUAUUCUCAAUACAGUUGUACCCAUUUCAUUAUAUGUGAGUGUGGAAGUAAUUCGUCUGGGACACAGUUAUUUUAUAAACUGGGAUCGACAGAUGUAUUACUCUGGGAAAGCAACACCUGCUGAAGCUCGGACGACGACACUCAAUGAGGAACUGGGCCAGAUAGAAUACAUUUUCUCCGAUAAAACGGGCACCUUGACUCAAAACAUCAUGACUUUUAAAAAAUGUUCCAUUAAUGGGAAAAUCUAUGGUGAAGUACAUAAUGACUCAAAUCAGAAGACUGAAAUGACUAAGAAAAAAGGGCCUGUGGAUUUCUCAUUCAACCCCCAAGCAGACAAAAAAUUUCAGUUCUUUGACCACAGUCUUAUUGAAUCCAUUAAACUGGGUGAUCCCAAAGUGCAUGAAUUUCUUAGAUUACUUGCUCUUUGCCACACUGUAAUGUCAGAAGAAAAUAGUGCAGGCCAGCUCAUUUACCAAGUUCAAUCACCUGAUGAAGGAGCUCUAGUCACUGCUGCAAGAAAUUUUGGAUUCAUUUUUAAAUCUCGAACCCCAGAGACUAUAACGAUAGAAGAACUGGGAACACUAGUUACUUACCAAUUGCUUGCCUUUUUGGAUUUCAACAAUAUCAGAAAAAGGAUGUCUGUCAUAGUUCGAAACCCAGAAGGGCAGAUAAAGCUUUAUUCCAAAGGAGCAGAUACGAUUUUGUUUGAAAAACUUCAUCCUUCCAAUAAUGACCUUCUCUCUUCGACAUCAGACCAUCUCAAUGAAUUUGCUGGGGAAGGCCUCCGAACACUGGCCAUUGCCUACAGAGAUCUGGAUGACAAGUAUUUUAAAGAGUGGUACAAAAUGCUUGAAGAUGCAAAUGCUGCCAUGGAUGAGCGAGAUGAACGGAUAGCUGGGCUGUAUGAAGAAAUUGAAAGAGAUUUGAUGCUACUAGGUGCCACUGCUGUAGAGGAUAAAUUACAAGAGGGUGUUAUUGAAACAGUUACAAGUUUAUCACUAGCCAAUAUUAAGAUUUGGGUCUUAACAGGAGACAAGCAAGAAACUGCCAUCAACAUUGGUUAUGCCUGCAACAUGCUGACUGAUGACAUGAAUGAAGUGUUUGUAAUAUCAGGGAACACCAUAGUGGAAGUCAGGGAAGAACUCAGGAAAGCAAAGGGAAAUUUAUUUGGACAAAGCACAAGUUUUUCCAAUGGCCAUGUAGUUUGUGAAAAAAAGGAGCAGCUGAAACUGGACUCAAUUAUAGAAGAAACCACAACAGGAGAUUAUGCCUUAAUUAUAAAUGGCCACAGUUUGGCUCAUGCCCUAGAAAGUGAUAUCAAGAAUGAUCUUCUAGAACUUGCCUGCAUGUGUAAGACAGUGGUGUGCUGCCGAGUCACCCCUCUCCAGAAAGCACAAGUAGUAGAGCUGGUGAAGAAACACAAAAAUGCUGUCACUUUAGCCAUCGGUGAUGGAGCCAAUGAUGUCAGCAUGAUCAAAAGUGCACACAUUGGCAUUGGGAUCAGCGGCCAGGAAGGACUGCAGGCAGUCUUGGCCAGUGACUAUUCGUUUGCACAGUUUAGAUACCUCCAAAGGCUGCUCCUUGUUCAUGGAAGGUGGUCCUAUUUCCGAAUGUGCAAAUUCUUAUGUUAUUUCUUCUAUAAGAAUUUUGCGUUCACACUUGUGCAUUUCUGGUUUGGUUUCUUCUGUGGUUUCUCAGCCCAGACUGUUUAUGACCAAUGGUUCAUCACCCUUUUCAACAUUGUCUACACAUCACUGCCUGUUUUAGCCAUGGGGAUUUUUGACCAGGAUGUGAGUGACCAGAGCAGCAUGGACUGUCCCCAGCUCUACGAACCUGGACAGCUAAAUCUACUUUUCAACAAGCGUAAAUUUUUUAUCUGUGUGGUGCAUGGAAUCUACACUUCAUUAGCACUUUUUUUCAUCCCCUAUGGGGCCUUUUACAAUGCGGCUGGAGAAGAUGGGCAGCACAUUGCCGACUACCAGUCUUUUGCAGUUACCAUGGCUACAUCUUUGGUCAUUGUGGUCAGUGUGCAGAUAGCCUUGGAUACCAGUUACUGGACUGUCAUUAAUCAUGUCUUCAUCUGGGGCAGCAUUGCCACGUAUUUCUCCAUUUUAUUUACAAUGCAUAGCAAUGGCAUUUUUAACAUCUUCCCAAACCAGUUUCCAUUUGUUGGAAAUGCUCGGCAUUCCUUGACUCAGAAAAGCAUCUGGCUUAUUGUUCUCUUAACGGCAGUGGCUUCAGUUAUGCCUGUGGUGACAUUCAGAUUUUUGAAGGUGGAUUUAUACCCAACCCUGAGUGAUCAGGUCCGUCAGUGGCAGAAGGCUCAGAAGAAGGCAAGGCCUCUAAGCAGCCGAAGGCCUCAGACUCGCAGGUCAAGCUCAAGAAGAUCUGGAUACGCUUUUGCUCACCAAGAGGGCUAUGGAGAGCUUAUAACAUCUGGAAAAAAUAUGCGCACUAAAAUUCCACCCCCAACAUCAACAUCAGGGUUGGAAAAGACAGGGUAUAAUAGCACUAGCUGGAUUGAAAAUUUAUGUAAGAAAACCACAGACACAGUGAGCAGCUUUAGCCAGGAUAAAACAGUGAAACUUUGA